UACACCGAACUUGGGACUGAAGGAAGUGAUCUUUGGCUGGCUUCCAGCAGUGAUCGACGUGUCAGUGUCUGGAUUUCUGACUGGCUGAAGGACAAGUGUGAGAUCAUCGAUUGGUUAAGCUUUCCGGCUCCCACAGGUCCUGAGAUUCCCAGUCCUCUACCUCCUAGCCUGGCAGCAUUUUGCCCUUGGGAUAAAAGUACUAUUGCUUACGUUGGCUUUGGAUUGCAGAAAGAGAUCCUCUUUUACAGCUUGCAACAGAAACAGGUCAUUGAGAAGAUUCCCUUACCUUCCUUUGCUGCUUCGCUGAGUUUGUCUCCAUUUGCCUGCACCAUCGCUGUUGGCUUCAGCGAACGUAUGCUGAGACUGAUUGAUCGCGCAACAAGGACAUCGGAGGACUACGCAGGCCACAACGACACAGUUUGCCUCUGCAGAUUUGCCCCCUCUGGGAAACGCCUCUUCACAGCCUCCUACAAUGAGAUCCUGGUGUGGGAAGUCCAGAGCAGCUCACCAAAGUAGCUUGAUCAGCCCCUCAGAACCACGAGCCAAAAAAUGGCCGGAUGUUAAUAGGGGAUGGCUGAUUCUCCCUGGCUUUUUGACAUGAUAGCAGUUGGCAGACGCAUCCAUUGCGAGAGAUCUCAUCACCUCUGGAAUUGUCAGGUGGCAUCUGUCCAAGCGCCUUUUUAAAAAGUGGGGUGGUUUUUCAGAAUCAGUGGCCCAAGCUGCCGAUUAUAACAACUGAUCUCCAUUCUUCUGAUGUCCCUACAAGAAUACGUGGAUUUUAAGUAACAUGCGAACCCCAGCUAAAGUAUUUGGCCCAGGGGAGAUCUAUUGUGAAACAGGGAAGAGGGUAGCACAAUGUUCCUCUCUUCUGUUGCAGUUGGUUUUAGUUCCCUUACUCUUACGCAUUGUGUCAAAUGUAUAUAUGUAUAUUUUGCAUAUUUUUCUACAACUAAAAUAGCUUCUUCUUUUUUUUAAAAAAAAAUUGCAUUCUCUUCCAGGAACUGCAUUUUGAUUGUAUAGUUUUAUAGUUGCCGGUUACAUUUUCAAAUGAACAUUUAGCUGAAAAGGAAUGCCUUUCUCCCAUUCUUGCUUUCGGUUUUUCUCAGUAACGGGAUCACACAAAGCAUUAACCAAAAAGAAACACUGCUGAGCAUCAACUGCUGAGUAGGCUUUCAAAGUACAGGUUCACCUUUUAAAGGAUUUGUUUUAGAGAUCAGGAACUUUCAAGCUCAUUUUAUACUCGGAAUUUAUAAAGAUGAUGACUUUUGCUUUUAGAACGCAUGGUGAACGACACACAAGUUUGUUCCUCAGGUAGUGUGAUCGGAUACCAGCAGUGCAACAGGUGUUUCUUUCCUUUCUUAACCUUGGCCUGUAACAACCCGAAGCAACAACAUUCACUUUGCACUUGGUUUUUGUUUGUAUUUGAUAACAAAAGAAUUGGACUUGUUUUAAUUUUUUUAAAAAAAUUCCAAAUAAAUGAAUAGUUUUGUGUAUUUCAACCUCUGCGGCUUUCUCUUGUUCC